AUGAAUUUAAUAAAAAUAUUAAAUGACUAGAAAUAACUAAAAAAAUUAAAAAAGGAAAGUAAUAAAAAAAAACUUAAAAAUUAAAGGGAUCAAACAAAAUGUAAUAACCAAAUUGACAUAGAUUUAUAAAACAUAGAUCUAUAAAAUUACAAAAUUUCAUAGAAAAUUAAUGAGUAUAAGGUAUUGGAAAUUCCUCCAAAUAAUUAACAAUCAAACUUAAUUGUUUAUUUAUCCACUUCAGCUCAAACAGAUGACAUAUCGAUAGUGGAAGAGGAUGAGGAACCAUAAAUUCCUGAAUCUGAAAAAUAUAAAUUAGAACAAUCAUACAAAAAACUAUUGAGAUUAGAAGAGUUAAAAAAAAUUGAUAAGGAUUGCAUUCAAAUAAAUCAAUUAGAUGCAAUUGAAGAAAUACAUGCAUAAUAAUUUGAGAUUAAUAGAUUAAUGCGUGAAUUAGAUCAAUUGCCAUCAAUAGAUUACGAAUAGGAUUUGAAAUAAUAAGAAAGAGAGUUAAAGACUUUGCAAAAUCAUUAUGAAGAAUUAUAAAAAAUUCAUGAAGAGCUUUAAAAAAGAAAUUAAAUGCUGCAAUAAAACCUUAAUUAAAAAUUAGGUCAAAAAAAUCAAUGA